AAUUCCCGUUGUGUUAAGUGAUAACGAUUCACAUUAUGAAGAAUUAUCAGACUCGUUAUCAAAAAACUGUAAAAAAACGCCUUCGAGAUAUCAGAAGCAAGUUCUAACAGCAUCUAGUCUAACAGAAAAACACUCUGGUAUAAGAAUACUUAAAAGGAAGCAAUAGAACCUCUAUAAUAUACUGGUAUUUGUGUUAUGUCUAUGCACUUACGAGGCAGCAGAGACAUGAUGGGACAUCAAGAAGAAGAUUAUAAACACCGUUUUGGAAAACUGAGACAUGUGACGGAUAGUGAGACAGCAAGUCAAACAAGUUCCAACAACGCCCAAGAUAAAGGUUGGUGGAAAUCAAGAACUGGACUUGAACAGAAGCUAUUAAUCUUGUCAACUUUAUUAUUUAUACUGUCUUUUGGCCUAACUAUCUCGGUAAUUGUACUCAAGAACAAGACAUGUCCAGCAUGUCCUGAAAUAUCAACGACGACAGAACCGUCAACAGGUAGCACUGACCCAGUCACUGGAGACACAACCCCUGAUUCAACAGAUACAGGGCCUACAACAGUAACGGAGCCCACAACAGUAACGGACCCCACAACAGUAACGGAGCCCACAACAGUAACUGAACCCACAACAGUAACUGAACCCACAGUAGUAACGGUGCCACCACCCGGAGCGUAAAUAACAGAUAUUAAAAAAAAGUGAACUAAUAAAAAGAGUGUAUUGUGACA